AUGCCGACUAUGCACGAUCGGAUCCGAGCGGAUAUCCUCCAUAAAACACGCUCUCUAUGGACUGCCCUCACAUCAGCCAACCCACCACCUCCUAUUAAGAAAUUGAGCAACCCAGAUGUGGUAUUAAUGUUCCCGAAAAUGGAUGCGCUCACACUUGAGGAUGAAGAAGCUUUUGACGAGGGCCUGAAGCCGCCAUUUCAUCGAUUUGAUGGAUAUCAACUGGAUGAUGUUCGAACAAUUGUCAUCGACCUAAUGGCUGGAACGGUCACGUAUAAGGUUCGAGCCGUCCGGGGAAACCAGGAAUACCGGGCAACGGGCUCUACUACAUGGAGCCAAGCAGCUGAUGGGGAAUGGCGACUGGUGGUUCACCAGGAGACCCUUAUUUAG